UAGCUUCAGGGGUUGCUUAAGAUCGUAAACAAGACCUAUCUCUGCUUGAUUUGAACGAUUACAUCUGGCACGUUUUCACCAUCUUUUCCAUAAUAACUGAUAUCGUUUUAUUGAAAGCCGGGCAACAUUAUAUUAGCACACUUUGAAAAUGACUUCACAAGAAGUGGAUUUUCUCAGGGAUCAAGUGGAGAGGCUUAAUAUCCGUCUGGCAAAGUAUCAGGAACAGAUUUUGCUUCCACUUCAACAGGAUAAUUCAGAGAAAGCUGCAAGACCAUGGCUUACAAACAGAGAAUUUUUGUCACCUUUGAUGAGGGAGUAUGAUGGUAUAGUCCAACAACUGGAACAAGAUACCAAUGGCUACAAGGGCCAGAUUAACAACCUACGAGACCAGUUGAAAGGUCUUGUGUCGGAAAAUGACAGGCUUCGCCAAGACCUUAAAGAUGCACUUGAUCACACUCUAGCUUUUGAGACGGAUGACGUUGGGACAAGUGGUAUUUCAGAUUUCCCUGCCAUCAAAAACUUGCAGCUCCAGCUCCAACUGGCACUGAAGGAAAAGGACGCAUGCCAAGAACGAUGGAGAGAAACAGCUCAGGAACUGGAUAGGAUGGUAGCAGAAUUAGAGACCCAAAAGGAGAGCCAUCAAUGGAGGUCAGUGGAAAAGCAAGUUGAGGAGGUGCGAGACCAAUAUUUGCAGAGUGUUUCACUUGCAAAUGCUCAGCUGGAAAAUCUUCAGUCUGAUCUUAGGCAAGCCCGCCAGGAACUUGCAUCCUCUCAGAGGCAGGUAACAGAGCUGAAAAAGGCCAAUCAUUUACUCCAGCAGCAGCUUACUUGGAGGGAUGAAGAAAAAGCUGAAAAAAUCUUCAAGGAUGGUAUAACAGACAGCAGAAUGGCCGAACUCCAGCGUAUUAUUGAAGACCUUCGGCAAAGGAUAUCCAGUGCUGAUAGAGAGAUAGAAGAGAGCAGAAGGGAAAAGUCCAUCAUGGAGGCAAGAAUUGCAGAACUAAGCCGCAGGCUCAUUGAGACAGAACAGCGGGAAAUGGAAGCAAUUCACCAAAGACGUGACGCUGAAGUUUUUGCAGAAAGUUCAGCCCUUGGAAAGGAUCAGGCAGCGAUUGCCAUACGACAUAAAGAAGAGGAGGUAUCCAAAUUGAAGGACUCCAUUGCAAAGGUCAUCAAUGAGGCUGGAAUACGUACACGGAAGGAGGUUGACAUUGUCAGAAAGCAGUGCAAUGACAGAGUGGCCAAACUGACUGAGGAGUUGCAUAAUCUGGAGAUGGAUAAUACCCAGAAGGAAUCACAGCUAGAAAGGCUCCUACGAGAGAAGAGAGCUGUUGAAUCAGAGCUUAAAAAGAUAACACAAGAAAGAAAACAAGAAAGUUUAAGGAUAAAAGAAUCUAUGGAGGAUUUUAGUCGUCGAGUAUCCACUGCUGAACGCUCUCGUGAUGACUUUCUCAUCAAAAUGGAACACCUUCAGAAUGUUUUGGCAAAGGAAAGAGAUGAACACAAGCAGCAGAAAGACUCAUUCGAAGCUAAGCUCCAGCAGGUUCAGGAGCGGCUAUCAGCUAUGCAGCAAGAAUACAACCAGGCCAGAGAUGAGCAGUUGCAGCAUGCUGACACCAUCAACACAUUGAACAAGAAGUUGCUGCAGGCACAGCAGGAGAAAGAUUCCAUUCAUCGCAAGUUCCUCAAAGAGUUGGCUUUGGUGGAACAAGAACAGCAGACCAAAACCCGAGGCUUUGAGGUGCAGCUGCAGACAACAGAGGAUGCACGGCGUACUAGUGUGGCUGAACUUCGCAAGCUGCUUACUGCUCAGCAACGGAUGAGUGCAAGAUUGAAAGAAGAAUGCCACACCAUCAAGCACAAACUUGAAGGCAAAAUGGAAGAAAUGCGUGCAGAUAUGAACCAUCUUCAACAGAGAAAUGAGGAGCUGAUGCUGCUUUUGAAGCAGAGCCAGAUAAAAGUUGUGGAGGCAGAGAAUGUCAUAAAAGAGUACACCAAGAAGAUACAUCACAUGGAAGCUUCCUUAAGGAAGGCAGAAAGUCGAUCAGCAGAGGCAGCAAAGCAAAUGUCACGGCAUCAUGUGAAAGAAAGACAACUUGCCUGUGAGAAACAAAGUUUGAUGAAUGAAUUAUCACAGAGCAGCAGAGAAAGAAUUCUGUACCAACAUAUGAGGGCGCAUAAUGGUACAAAAUGCUGCAAGUUUGCUACAAAUGGAACCGAGGAGGUUUGACCAACGAAUUAUUAAGUGGCAGCCAUCAUCUGCAUCAAGGCACUUUGGAACUGGAUGAACUACGCACUUCUAGCUGACCUUUAAUCAACCCCCUCCUUCACCCCUUGUAUAAUAAGUUGCCCUGGUGUUGUGACAUCAAAGCCUAGAAGUAGCUGUUCAUCCCAAUGCAAUGCUGAAACCAUGUUGCUGUGUUUUGUUUAAUGGACAUAUUAACUUUUAAUGUUAAUGAAAAAAAUCACAAAUGAUUAAAAAUGCUUAAAAAUGUUAUUGAUCAGGCAAUUUUUGCUAUUAUAAAUGUAAAGAAGAUUGCUUUGCUGGUAAUAAGCACAAAGCAAUACACGAGGGCAAAUUUUGUUUUUGGAUGAUUUUGUUUCUGAUCAUUAACUACAAAUGUGUACACUUUAACCUCGACAUUCAAUGUCUUACAAUGUGUAUAAAAGUGUUGAGAGUAUUUCUGACAUGCUUGAACUUGCGUUACUUUGAUAGCUAUAGAACACUUUUUUUUUAAAAAAUAAGAAUGAGCACUUAUUGUCAAAGUUAAAAAAAAAAGCAAUUUCUGCAUGCAUAGUCUUCAAUUAGGCACACUUAUCUAAACACAUCUCCAGUUUGUGCAUGUGGAUGCAAGGGGUCCUGAAUGAUGCAUUAACAUGCAUAGAAAUAUAUUUCUUUUGUCACUCACUUCUUCACUCACACACGUGCAAACACGAACACAAUAAUCAUGGAAAAUGAACAGUCAACACUAAUUUUAUACUUGCCAUUUCUUUCACAAAAUGAUACAGAAUAUCAUACAGCUUCUGCCUCAUGCAUAUACAAGCACAUGAAGUGAACACAUACAUUCAUAUUUAGUGUACAGUAAUCUAUUUCCAGCAUAGCUCAGCUUUUUCCAAAAUUUCUUUUUCUCAGUGCCUUGAAGCCACUAAAGGAGACGUUUUCCCCCAGAGAUUUGUCCACAAACAAGUUGAAUGCUUUAUACCAUCUCCUCCUCCU